AUGUCAGCUUCUAAUCAAUCAAAUCGUGCGGAUUCAUUCGGUACUUGUGAGAACGAUCCGAUCUAUGAAUCAAGUGUUCAAUCAAUUCGAAGUUUGUCUCCUACAAUAAAACAAUUUCAUUUGAAAGUUAAUGACCCAUCGCAAACAUUUCGUUUUCAACCGGGAAUGUUUUUAGAUUUCUAUUUUCCUUCUUCAAUAACAUCGAUUAUCACAGGAUUCUCUAUUUGUAAUUCACCAUUAGAUUAUGCGAAAACAGGAUUGAUUGAAUUAGCGAUUAGAGAAACCGAUUAUCCUCCAACACAGUAUAUGUUUAAUCACUGUCAAGUAAAUGAACAAGUUUCGAUAAAACCUGGAGGAGAUUUUCAUUAUGAUUCAUCGAUAACAGACCGUGAUUCGAUUCUGCUCAUCUGUGCUGGUAUCGGAGCAAAUCCGAUUGUGUCAAUACUUCGACAUAUUCGUGAUUUAUAUCAAACAAAGAAUUCGGAGCAAGUCCCAUAUCGAAUCGAGUUCUUGUACACAGCACCAACACAGCAGGAUCUGGUGUUUCGUCAAAGUAUCGAUUUAUCAUGUCAACAGAUGAUCAAAGAUAAAAUUUUGCGAACUAAUUAUUUUGUAACAAGGGAUAUUAAUGAUGAUAUUAAGAUUAAUAAUCGACGUAUCAAUGCAACAGAUUUGCAGCAAGCAAUACAAUGGCUAAAGAAACCUGUUACCACAUAUCUAUGUGGACCAUCAUCAUUCAUUGAUUGGACAGAAAAGACUUUGAAAGAACUUGAUGUCAAAAGAAUUUUCUAUGAGAAAUGGUGGUGA